UAGGUACCAAACAAGGGAGCUCAACAAACGGGAAGGCAACUGGGGAGGGAGCAGAGACCAAGGAUUACCCAUAUUGGUCCAACUCUUUUUCAGACAAUUUAUGCCAGCAUCCUGUGUGUCUGAUUGGCUCCCCGGCUCAAUUCCGCUGGGAGUCGCAUCCUACCUGGCUGGGAGGUGUACUGCCCUGCCACACUCAUCCCCACCGUACUCUCCUGGAUGGUGCUGAGGUGGGAGAAAAAGUCCUAGCUUGGAGAACUGAGCGGAGAAAGCGAUCCUGAUGGGUUCUUGGAAAGCUUUUCUCUUCUCUCCUUUUCUUCUGUGGAGUCAAAGUAGAGUGGUGAGGCUCAUGUUCUUGUUACUGACCCUGCAUCUGGGAAACUGUGUUGAUAAAGUGGAUGACGAAGAUGAUGAGGAUUUAACAGUGAACAAAACCUGGGUCUUGGCACCAAGGAUUCAUGAAGGAGAUAUAACACAAAUUCUCAACUCAUUGCUUCAAGGCUAUGACAAUAAACUUCGCCCAGAUAUAGGAGUGAGGCCCACUGUAAUUGAAACUGAUGUUUAUGUAAACAGCAUUGGACCAGUUGAUCCCAUAAAUAUGGAAUACACAAUAGAUAUAAUUUUUGCCCAAACCUGGUUUGACAGUCGUUUAAAAUUCAACAGUACCAUGAAAGUGCUUAUGCUUAACAGCAAUAUGGUAGGGAAAAUUUGGAUUCCUGACACAUUCUUCAGAAACUCAAGAAAAUCUGAUGCACAUUGGAUAACAACUCCUAAUCGUCUACUUCGAAUUUGGAAUGAUGGACGAGUUCUAUAUACUCUAAGAUUGACAAUUAAUGCAGAAUGUUACCUUCAGCUUCAUAACUUUCCCAUGGAUGAACAUUCCUGUCCACUGGAAUUUUCAAGCUAUGGGUACCCUAAAAAUGAAAUUGAGUAUAAGUGGAAAAAACCUUCUGUAGAAGUGGCUGAUCCUAAAUACUGGAGAUUAUAUCAGUUUGCAUUUGUAGGGUUACGGAACUCAACUGAAAUUUCUCACACAAUCUCUGGGGAUUAUGUUAUCAUGACAAUUUUUUUUGACCUGAGCAGACGAAUGGGAUAUUUCACUAUUCAAACCUACAUUCCAUGUAUCCUGACCGUUGUUCUUUCUUGGGUGUCUUUUUGGAUCAAUAAAGAUGCAGUACCAGCAAGAACAUCACUUGCCUUGAUGGAAUAUGGCACUUUGCAUUAUUUUACCAGCAACAAAAAAGUAAAGACUACUAGAGACAAAAAGCUAAAGAAUAAAAGCUCGAUGUCCCCUGGACUCCAUCCUGGAUCCACUCUGAUUCCAAUGAAUAACAUUUCUCUGCCCCAUGGAGAAGAGGAUUAUGGGUAUCAGUGUUUGGAGGGCAAAGAUUGUGCCAGCUUCUUCUGUUGCUUUGAAGACUGCAGAACAGGGUCAUGGAGGGAAGGAAGGAUACACAUACGCAUUGCUAAAAUUGACUCCUAUUCUCGAAUAUUUUCCCAACAGCUUUUGCCCUGUUCAACCUGGUUUAUUGGGUUGGCUAUCUUUACUUAUAAGUUCUAUUUACCAGGCAAAAAUCGUAAGAAGUUUAACUAAAGCCAAUAUAAUCUAUUGCAUUUCAGUAAUAUGAAGUUUAAAUUUAAAAUGCAGAGAAACCAAUGGUUAAAAUGUAAAAGCAUUGUAACUAUUCUACCGACUCAUAGGUAAAUAAAGCAGCAGCUUUCAUUUUAAUUUACUUAAAUAUAUGUAAAAGAGAUUAGUUGCAGAAUUAAGUAUAGUAAAAUACUAUUAUAUAUUUUACUUUAAUCUUAUUUAUUUUAUUUGUAUCCCAUUAGGAUUUUGAAUUCAUAAGUUCCAUGAUUCAUAUUUUAAAGAUGGAAUAAUUUAAUAACUUUAAUAAUAUUUUAUUUAAAUAUAAUCUAUCAUUGUUUGUAAUGGGAACUUAACCUCCUGCCUAAUGUUAUGUAGUAAUUUUUUGUUUAGAAAAUGUUGUUAUUUUGAUUUUUUUUCUUAGUUUUUAUUUGUAUGCCCUGUUUGGAAUAGAGCUAAUUAAAACCAUAAAGCCAAGAUUUCCUGGCAUUUAUAUCCAGAUAUUUUACUCCCAAGAACAAAUUAAAUUAGAAUAAAAGACCAAUUAUUACCUUAUUAAAA